UCUGCCGCCGGGGCAGCAGCAGAUCUAGGAACCACGUUUCACUCGGACCAUAUCUCUUCUGUCACACCUCUGGAUGCAACAAACGCUGUGCCUCGACGGCAGGUGACACCUACUCUUCCUUAUUUACCAGGCAAAGCCCGCAAGAGGCACAAGGUCGCGACUUCGUGCAACCGCUGUCGCCAAAACAAGCGCAAGUGCGACAGUGGAGUGCCCUGUUCAAAUUGUAAAAGAAACAACGUCGAUUGCUGUUACACAGGUGCUCAGCUCUCACGCGCGAUUUGGGGUGACUCCCCUCUGAGCCAAGAAAAGAUCGUUGGCGUCGCCGCCAAUAGGCCCAAUAAUGCCAACGGCUCAUCCAGAGGCAAUAUCAUGCCACCUCACUGGUUUGGUCCCAUAAGUCCACAUGCGCUCUUAUACGCCGGACACACUCCAAACGAUCAACUCAAUCUUAAUCGUCAACAACAGGUUCUUACUUCUCAAUCAAGAUACCUUUCCAAGGCGCUUAGAGUUGCCCAUCCAGGUCCUCAGUACCCUGUACGUCUUUAUCCUAAGGAACCAUCGGCUACGGACGAUAGUGGACAGCCCAGGGCGAAGGAAUCUAGUCAAGCUGGAGCGCCGUCCUCGAGUGGAGUGCAGCCUCAUGUCCCGAGGACUGUAGAUAACGUGGCCGAGCAGUUUCCAUCAAAAGUGCCUUGGCACCAGGACACUGAUAACCGGUCGAUUCCAUCGGCGUUGUACCCACCACAGGCACAAACAUCGAGUGGGCUGCGACACCAACAUCACCAGCAGCUCUCCUACAUUCACAGAGGAUUAGACCAGGCGUCUAAUAUCACUAUGCAAGCGAGCUACGAUGGACGAAGCGUACGCUACACGACGAACCCAAUAUCGGAUUCGCCCUUCGCAUAUGCAGGUUACCGGGAGUUCUCUCUGGCCACGACCAUGCCAUCGAGAACUGGUGCUUCAGACGUGGGGGCACCGUCAACAAGUCAUGGUUCUAAGACCUUAUCGCACCAUGGGGCCCCACACACCGAACAACGCUAUGACCUCAAGCCGCUCGCGUCUAUUUCGCAUGCUCCGCAACAAUUACAACGCCGCCAGGGUCUUUCGUAUCCGACUCUUGAGGGCGCCUUGAAUCGUGCUUUGCCCACUGAUUCUGCGGCUGGCCCAAAUCACGCCGUGCAUUCGAUUGCGCCUAUAUCCUCAGUCAUCGGCGUAUCCUCAGAUCAAUACAGCUCAUUGGAGCCGUGGGAUACUCCGACGUUCGUGGACAGUGAAUAUUCUGCGCUCUUUCCUGGCUCGUAUCACCGGUUAUCGCAGGGCCCCCAUACGUUUGCGCCGGCAAUUCAGGACUUUACCGACGAUUCAAUGAAUGGGCAUCAUACUGACACAAACACCUCUGGUUCUGAAGUCUUGCCUACUGAGGAACAAAUCAGAGAGUCCAAGAGGAUGCAGAAGAUCGCCAGGGAUAUGCUUGCUGUCAAGGAGUAUGAUUUUAGCAUCAUGAUCCCUCGUCACAUCUCACAGGAGCAUGAUGAGUUCUUCAUUGUGCCAGAUCCGUCGCUGGCUAUCGGUAUCCAAGGAAUUCCAGGCCAUCUCCAGCUGCUUCCUCGCGACGCGAACUAUCUUGUGGAUGUAUUUUUUGAGCAUGCGUACUUUUACUAUCCGGUCAUUGACCGCGCAACCGCAGAGCUCUACUUGAUGGAGCCACAGACCCCUCAGGCCUUGUUUUUACUAAACAUCAUAUUUAUGACAGCCUGCAAACAUCUAGCACGAACGAGCGAUAUCAAACGCGCCAUUCGGUUCCGCGAACGCGCAAGAGAGAUGCAUUUCUAUAUUGACGCCAAGGUCCGUCUCAGCAGGAUGCAGGGCAUUCUGCUCGGGUCGUUGGUCGUCUACGGUGUCUUUAAGGCUGUUAUUGGCCUCGCCGAGAUCUGUGGAACCUACAAUGCUCUAGCCACCACGUCGUAUACCAACGAUGCGGACGGUACUUAUCCGGACCUCGAAGCAGCGAGUAGGUCCAUCCAGGCCACGAAGGGAAUGAUUCCCGAAGCUGCGUACCAGGCAAGGUUGUGGACAUUUUGGGGUCUCUAUAUCCGCGAUUCCAUCUCCCGGCUCUACUUUGGAUGGCCUCACGGAAUGGACUCCAUGGCUGUGACGGCAGAACUGCCAAAGAUCGAGGGGUGUGUUGGACUGGGAGGAAAGGAGGGUGCGAGUCGAUCAUUGCUGCAGGCACGCGCAGUCAUCGGUAAACGGAGGGACACGUCUUUUAAGAGAGACCAGGUCCAGCCUGAAAAGAGGCACAUGGCACAUUCUGAAGAUCACUCGACACCAAGUACCGAUCGGGCCAGUUAUCGGAAUACGUUACCGGACAGCGAUGGCGAUGAAGACGAUGAAGAAGAGGAAAAUGGGCAGAGUAAAGAUGGCAAAUGGGCUAGGCUUCAGGCCAUUGACGAGGAAGGCGAUGACGAUCCCACGGACCAGGACAGAGGCGAGAACAUGCGAGCCCAACUCUUGUGCGGGCAGGAUUCUGGCGGUGGAGGGACAGCGCGUUUCUCGGUGCUGUCGCCAAAGAUCCUGGAGCAACAAAGCCGGCAUGAUUAUCCUAUCCAGGCGCGCCAGCCGCCUAGUUCACCUUCAGAUCAGCUGGAGCUCGAUCUACACAUGGAGCGCAUGCAACUGCUCCUUGAUGUAGAAGAAGAUACCACGGACGGAGGAUCGUACGCUCGAGUCCUAUUCUUGGAAGAGGUCCGGUUAUGGACACUGGGUCGUCGCGUUGGAUUGUAUCUCGCCGGCCGAUCCAACAUCACCGCACCAUCAGCUUGCCCUAUGCCGUUGACAGGAGACUCAGUUUCGUCCUCUGCCUGGAGCGGAGCGUCAUCCACAUCAGCAACUGAAGAGUCCGCAGCAGGUGCCUACGAACGGACUAGUCAGUGGUCCGAGCAGGCAUGGCUCCAGGAUUACGAGUUGCAAAGUCUUCAAACCGAGCUGAUUGCAUGGGAAGAGGCCAUACCGAGCCACUUAAGAUUCAGAUAUGAUGUGGAUCAUGCCAAUGUCAACCAUAAGGUCAAUGGCAAAAUGAGCGUCUUGAUCAUGUCGUACUACACCAUCACGAUCAUGCUGCAAUCAUCCUAUCUUCCCAUCCUUCAAGGCACGUCCUCGCGUGAGUUCUGUUAUCAAGCAUCACCUGCCAGAUCCGCAGAUCCAAGUCAUUCAAAGGACGUCUCUGAGGCACUCAAGCAAUCCACCGCGCGACCAGUCAGCCGAGCAACGAGUCCUAACUCAGAGACAGACUCAGCUACGGUCUCCAACGCUGCAAAAAUUGCCACGGCAGGGUCCGCUGCAGACACAGAACGUCCCUCAUCCAUGCAUGUCCCUCCGCACUUUCAAACCGGCUCAACGUCAGCCACAUCAAAGUCCCAGGCGAGCCAGGGUCGUCAAUACUUUAAUACAUCGCACAAGAUUUGCACGGAACUAUCGAAUGUGCUCCUACACCACGUUGAGCUCAUGCUGGACUCCUAUCCGAACUGGUGCGCGAUCCAGGCCAAAGUCAACCACGCCAUCACAGCAGCUCUGCGCGUGUCAUGUUUGAACGCAAAACUGAAGAGCAACACGGACGCUGCAAGAGAGGAAGCGAAGGCUGGGUUCAAGAUGGGCUCAGAUCUGUUCAAGCGACUGGCUUUGCUGCCGUACCCACUCACGAUUCGCGACUGGCCUGUGGAAGAGGAUGUAAAGACGAUGAUGGAGAUCGAGGAGGAAUUCAGGGGGAUGAUGAUGACACACAAAGAGCAGGAGGCUGUUCUGCCAUCGUCUUCUACAGCCAUACCGGGAUCAGUAGCGGUGGCGGCGACAACGAUUACUCAGGCCGAUAGCUCCGGUGUGGGUGGUGAUGGUGAUGAUUCUAAAGGCACAGCAAGUACGGAGGUGACGACCACCACCACGGUUUCUGGAACGAAACUGGCAAAAGGAGAGCAUCCGCAUGCAAGCCAGGAACGCGGGUUCGGAGCGCGGCAGCAUAUUUUCGGGACCGCGGACGAAGAGGAAUACAAGUUCGAAUUCGACCAGCCGUCGAAUCUUUAAGGGCCGAGGCAAAUCUCUGCAUAGCAUUGCAU